GGGGGGCUGCGACAGGCCGGGCCCUGUGCGGGGCGCAUGGAGGCGCCCCCCGCCUGCAGAGAGGUGUGACCCCCGCUACUCGUGCGGCCCUCGGAGCCGCCCCGGCCUGGAGAAGAAUUGGGGCGCGGGGCCUUCGGCAGAGCAUCGCCCCCGGAGCUUUCUCAGCUAACUGCUGAGAGAUGAAGAAGUUCUUCGACUCGCGCCGGGAACAGGGCGGCUCUGGGCCCGGUUCGGGCACCAGCGGAGGCGGCGGCGGCAGCGGAGGGCCCGGCAGCGGUUACAUCGGCAGAGUGUUCGGCAUCGGCCGCCGCCAGGUGACGGUGGACGAGGUGCUGGCGGAAGGUGGAUUUGCCAUAGUGUUUCUUGUGAGGACAAACAAUGGGAUGAAAUGUGCCCUGAAGCGGAUGUACGUCAAUAAUGAGUAUGACUUGCAAGUAUGCAAAAGAGAAAUCCAAAUCAUGAGAGAUCUAUCUGGCCACAAGAACAUUGUAGGAUACAUUGAUUCCAGUAUAAACUCAGUAAGCAGCGGUGAUGUGUGGGAAGUGCUGAUAUUAAUGGACUUCUGCCGAGGAGGACAGGUGGUGAACCUCAUGAAUCAACGACUUCAGACAGGGUUCACAGAGAAUGAAGUCCUGCAGAUCUUCUGUGAUACCUGUGAAGCUGUAGCAAGGCUGCAUCAGUGUAAAACACCAAUAAUCCACAGGGAUCUGAAGGUUGAAAAUAUCCUGCUACAUGAUCGUGGCCACUAUGUCCUCUGUGACUUUGGAAGUGCUACCAACAAAUUCCAGAAUCCUCAAACAGAAGGGGUGAAUGCAGUGGAGGAGGAGAUCAAGAAGUACACUACGUUAUCUUACAGAGCACCAGAAAUGGUCAACCUGUAUAGUGGCAAACUUAUCACUACAAAAGCAGACAUAUGGGCCCUCGGCUGUUUGCUGUACAAGCUGUGUUACUUCACUUUGCCAUUUGGGGAAAGUCAGGUGGCAAUCUGUGAUGGCAACUUCACCAUUCCAGAUAACUCUCGGCAUUCACAGGACAUGCACUGCCUCAUCCGGUAUAUGCUUGAGCCAGACCCUGAUAAGAGACCUGAUAUUUAUCAAGUCUCCUACUUUGCAUUCAAACUGGCAAAGAAGGAAUGCCCAGUCCAGAACGUCCAGAACUCUCCAAUCCCUGCUAAGCUCCCAGACCCAGUCAAAGCAAGUGAAGCUGCGGCGAAGAAGAGUCAACCAAAGGCCAGGUUGACAGAUCCCAUUCCUACAACAGAAACUUCCAUAGCACCCCGCCAGAGACCUAAAGCAGGGCAGACACAACCCAACCCUGGAAUUUUACCAAUUCAGCCAGCCUUGACACCUAGGAAGAGACCCACAGCCCAAGCAGCAAUUCAGCCUCAAGGGCCUGCUACCCUGGGCAGUGGUCAGCCUUCACUUCCUGCAAGUGUCCCCCAACAAAAAGCAGCACCACAACCAACUUCAGUGCAGCCACAAGCCAAGCAGGCGCCAGCACUCCAGCAGGCAUCGCAGGCACAGCCCCAGGUCCCUUCUGCUCAGCCACAAGCCACACCUCAGCACCAACAGCAGCUUUUUCUGAAGCAGCAGCUACUGCAGCAACAGCAACAGGCUGCAUAUUACCAGCAGCAGCAGGUGAUGCAAGCUCAGCAGUUCCCAGUGAUGCAGCAGGGAGCACCAGCGCAGCAGCAGCUGAUGCAAAACUACUACCAGCAGCAGCAGCAGCAGCAGAUGAUGGCCCAGCAGAAGACAGCAGCAGCAGCAAUUCAGCAAAAGCAACAGGCUCCAGCAGCACCACAGCCCCAGGCCCAGCAAAGUGCAGCCCAUCCAACACCGCAGCAGGAACAAGCGAUGCAGGCACAAAUAAGGCAACAGCAAAAACCUCAAACCACACCACCUACAGCAGUUCAGGGGCAGAAGCUGGGUUCUCUCACCCCUCCAUCCUCCCCCAAGACACAGCGUGCAGGACACAGGAGGAUUCUGAGUGAUGUGACUCACAGUGCUGUUUUUGGGGUUCCAGCCAGCAAAUCUACCCAGCUCCUGCAGGCAGCUGCUGCUGAAGCCAGUCUCAACAAGUCCAAAUCGGCUUCCACUACGCCCUCGGGUUCCCCAAGGACUUCACAGCAGAAUGUCUAUAAUCCACCCGAUGUCUCCACCUGGAAUCCAUUCGAUGAUGAUAACUUCUCCAAACUCACAGCUGAGGAGCUGCUGAACAAGGACUUUGCAAAGCUGGGUGAUGGGAAAGCUCCAGAAAAGAUGGGCAGUUCUACAGAGAACUUGAUUCCAGGUCUCCAACCAGCUUCAUCUGCAGCUCAGGCAGAUGCGUUUGGUGGCUCAUCUUCCUUCACUGCUGGAUCAGCUGAAAAAAUGAAAGACAUCCUGAGUCUGGAUGCUAGCCCUCCUCUUCUGACUGUGCCUGAUCCUUUCAUCUCUCUCCCAUUAUCUGACACUCCAGGUCUGCAGAGGGAUCCUGCCCUGUUUCCAGCUGUACCUCUUGAUCUCUGCAAAGGUCCCACUGCCAGCGAUGGGCUUGCUUUGUACAAGACUCAGCCAGAGGUGAAAACGCAGACCAAUGCUGAGUUCGACUAUGCCACACGUGAUGGCCCUUCAAGCAACAGCUCCUUCUACAGUAGCGAAGGUGAGGGGACAGACCACGAAGGGGACAUUCUGGAUUGCAGUGGCUCCAGGCCUUUGCUGCUGGAUUCGGAAGAGGAGGAGGAAAGCUGCAGGCCGGGUGUGGGCUUCCUGCAGGCCGGGCCCAGGGAGAGGAGGGACAUUUCCAGGGAGCAGCACCCCCACACGCAGGCCACAGAGACGCCGUUCCCUGCCUUCCAGUCGCAGUCUGGGGAGGUUUUUAACGAACCUGAUGUCUUUGCCACAGCUCCUUUCCGCAGCUCCAGGAAAGCACCCGAUGAGGCAGACGUCUUCACCAAAGCUCCUUUCAUCUCCAAGAGCAGCGCGGCUCUCCGACACUCAGAGGAAGCAGAUGUGUUCCUCAGAGCCCCUUUCACCAAAAAGAAGAGCAUGGAGGAGUUGUUGUCUCACAGUGUGCCCAAGGAACCGCACGUGUUCCUCAGUCCAGCAGCUGAUGUCCAGCACAGAACCACCCCUGCGUUCCAAAGCCUGGAUGCGGUGGUCUCCGGGCCAUUAGCAAGGCUGCAGUAUCCUUCCGGCUUUGGUCUGCUGAGCAACCUUCCUCCUUCUGUGAGAGCAACAGAGGAGCACAGCCCUCCUCCAACCAUGCAGCCGGAACCCGGCGAGCGCAGCCCAGCCCAGCCCAGCCCUCAGGAAUGCAUGCUGGGCCCGGUGGCGAACAGUCGGCCUUUCCGUCUGCAAGCCUUGUCCAAGUACUCCCGUCACUACAGCCCGGAAGAUGGGCCUGGUCUCGACGUCCAACCCAUCGCUGCUUACAAAGUGGUUUCUCAGACCAACAGGCAGGCCAUAGCGGGCUCUGUCUCCCUUGCCCCGCUGGCUGCCAGGACUACGGAGCUGCCCGCAGCCGAUCCUUUUGCUUCAGCACCAUUUCCUUCCAAAGCAGCAAAGCAAAAGCCUUAAUGUGCUGUGAGCUGGGGGUGUUCCCAGCAGAACGCUUCCCACAAGACCUCAAAACUCUUUGUCGAAUUGGUUGGCAUAUAUUAUAUAUGUGUGCCAACACAUAUAUAAUUUUUCAGUCAGAACUCUAUUUGCAGUGAUACAGUAGAACCGUUUAGAACCGUUUUAAGUUAUGUUAGCUAGUCAGAAUGCCUGGCUCUCAGGAUCCUCAUAUCCUCUUCAGUUACUUCUUUUCUUCCUCCUCUCACUGCCUUCCCCAAGUCAUUUUGUCAGCAAUAUGCCAUACCUUCUGGCUCUGACUAGGGAAAGGCACUGUAAGGUUAAUUAACUGGCAUUUUAAUUACAGAGCAAGUCAAGUGAGACUGGCUGGUGCUAUGGCAAGGAAGCUAUUUCACAGGUUCAGGGCUUAUAGAGAUUUCCCAUUAGUUGGGGCUUCUGGAGGACAGCAAGGUGACACUUCUUGCUGCUGAUGGUGACAGUGAGCCUGGCAGCUCCAGGGUAUGUGUGUCAUGCAUGAAGUCAGUCAGUGUCUUCUGUUGCUUGUCUUGCUCUGCUCUGUUGCAAAUGCUCCAGAUUAGGAAUUAAAGCUGCAAGAAGGAGAUCUGUUGGGCUGUUACAUGGAAAAUUAAAAGAUCAAGAGUGUGGGAUUUCCCUGAAUGUAGGACCCAGAAAUCUGCUUUUGGUGUUGUAAAGGAGAGUAUGUGAGUAUGUAAGUCCUGUGGAAAAGCUUAUUGUGAAGACACCUGGAUGGCUUUCCUGGUCUGUGUGUCUCACUUGGUGUAAUUUGGCCUUGUCUGCAGUCUGGUUCAGCUGGUAGAUGCCAGCAGAGAGCUUGACUUUGGGUUUAUCGUUUUGACCUUUUAUCAACUAAGAUGACCUCCAACAAAAUCUGUUCAUGCUCCUCUGGGAAUAUUUGGUGUUCUUUGGAUAUCUUGUGCUUCCUGCUGUGUUCCCAAAGAGAAAGGCAACUUGUUGCUGAUUGUUCUGCCUUUGGAGCAGAAUCCUGAUGCUGUGUUUGGUGGAAAAAUAGUGCUAUCCCUGGCCAGGAAAGGCUGUAAGUGUGGGCUGCUUUCAGGUUAUCUAGAUGUGGGGGCUCACAGUCGCUGUGUGGUGUUCCUGUGUCAGGCAUUGGUGCUGCAGGAUGUCUCCCAAGAAAAGUGUUUUGUUUUCAUUUUCAAGGGCUUGACAUCUGGGGAAGAAUCUCUGUUGACUCUGGUAGUUUCUACUGAAUCCCUUAGAAACUUUGCAGUGUCUGUUUCCUGAGGGAAUUUGAUCCUCAUCCUGUUAGGUCAGAGCUUUGCACUGAGGUUUGAGGGCAGAAUUCCCUUUUGCUGGAUUAUGGCCAGCAGGAAGGGGAGGGUGGAAAAGCCCCAACCAGCAGGAGGUGGAGAGCAAAGCACAAGUAGAACCCCAAUCUCGGUUUCCCUCCAAUAUCUCCAGUUGCAAGAGGUGAGCCAGUGCUGCUGCUGGGUGUGUUCAACCUUGAGAUUGCUGGAGGGCAGGGAGAAGUUGGGACACCUGAGAACAGGAGGGCUGUCAGGGUGCUGUUUUCCUGUGUUCCUCCACCAGUGGUAGUAGCAGUAAAUACUGUAGGGAGAUUUCUGGGUUCCAUGGAGAAGUUUUCAACUAAGCUGAGGCUGUUGUUGAUGGUGUUUCCUUCUCGUUGGGUUUUCCCAUUCGAAUAUAUCCCCAAAAGUGCAAGGCAUUGCUAUGUGCAAGUUCAAGGUAUUAGCUCUGCUAACUGGAUUUAGGUUCUCUGCUUUUCUUCAGUUUUUACUUGAAAAGUUGCCUUUGAAUCAAUGUGUGAAACUUCCUACAAUGCCACAUCCAAGUUGCACUUAAGAAAAAUAAAAUAAAAUUUGAAAGUAGCAUAGCUGGAGAAGCAUUCACCCACUGUCCAGCUCUUGCCCUUCAGACCUUGCUGCCCUGCACUGCCACAGGAUGAAGGGACAGAGCGCAUUCAAGUUGAGUUGGGCUGGACUUCCAGCUGGGAUUUUGGCAAUGGAUAUUCUGCAAGCACUUUACACAGUGCCCCACAAGCUAACAAGCCUGCCAGCUUCAAUGGUUUUACGUGUACUUUUGGGGUUAGAGGCAGCUUGUUUGCAUCUCUGCUUGUGACUUAUUAAGGAAUGGGACUUAUGGUUGUGGUCAGAAAACUGAAUUUCAGUAUGAUUUUUUUCUGUAUAGCAUUGUAGUUUCUAAUCUCCCGAUUCUGCGUGGCCAGUAUGGCAGCUUUAGCAUGAUGGAUUAUAAUCCAAAAUUUCACUUCUGUAUUAUGAAGCUGUUUCUAAUGAAGGUGGAAUGAUUGUGCUUAUAGUUUUCUUUACCACCUUACUGGUGCUGUUAAUUAAAUGAGCCGGUAUGGCCUAAAUGCAGCAUUUUGGGGUCAAUUUUCUGAACAAAGCCACUGGUUCCACCUGUCCAGAGCUGUAGCAUAUCCUGCUCUGGGUCCUCAGAACACACCUUGGUCCUGCGACAGUCGUAGACACAAUUCUUCCUCAUCGCCAACUGAAUGUCAGCAAUGCACUUAAGACAUUAAUCACAGUAUCUGCAUGCGAAAACAAAAAGGAAGAAGCAUCAUGCUGGGCUCUCCAUGCCUCACUGCCACAUUUGCACAACAGCAUGGGGCUACUGAAGCUCACCUGUAGGAAUGGUGUGCACAGAGCUCACAUUGCAUCAGCAAUCAUCCUCAGUGUCACUUAAUCAGGCACGGCCAAGUGAGAUCUGUUUAAUUGUUGAAUUCUCUGUCACUCCAAAGUGGGAAUUGGUUACUUUAACUCAGCUUCCACCAAAGACUUUUGUGUUGGGGAGUUGAAUUUUUUUUUUUUCCUCUGUGUUCAUGGUGUUAAUUUAAGGCCUUUCAGUACACCAAAAGACUCCAAAGCAUUCUUACAGCAGGUACCCUGAUGGUGAAAUCUUGUUCCUCUUCUGAAACACAUUCCUGAAACCUGAUCCAACGUGUCAGUAUUCCUAAAAUUAUGCCACAGCCCGAAGUUUCCGUUGGCCAUCAUGUUGUUCUUGUCUGGGGGCUGGUGAUGUCCUGGGGUCUCCUGUAUCCAUCUUAGGGGCUGGAGAUGUUCUGGUGUUCCCAGUCCCAUCCUGGGACUGCUAUGUGGGGUCCUCAGGUCCUAUCCCAGGGCUGGUGAUGUCCUGGGGUCCUCUGGCCCCAUCCUGGGGCUUGGUGGUGGCUGGAGGUCCCUUGUCUUCAUCCUUGGGGUUCUUCUGAUCCCAUCAUGGGGCUGGUGAUGUUCUGGGAUCCCCUGUCCUCAUCCCAGGGCCUGGAGGUGUUCUGGGGUCCUCUGGCUUCAUCCUGGGGCUGGUGCUGGCUGGGGGUUCCCUGUCCCCACUUGGGGGUGGGGUUUCCUGCUCCCCUCCUGGCGCUGGUGAUGCCUAGGGUCUCAGAUUUGUAUGGCUACGGAAAUGGACGGAGUUGUGUUGUUGUUCUGGGUGUGAUGUCUGUGUUCCUGGUAAUCACUAUGAAGAAAUGUUCAAGCUGUAAACUUCUGUACAUUUAUUAAAGCUGUACCUGAUUACA